UUCAAUGCGCAGCUUUCCACGAGUAAAAGUGAAAAAAUAACUGUAACGCACGCAAACGAUUCUCUACUAGUUUUGGUUUUGCUACUGACGCGAGCGGUUCGAAAGCAAUAAUUUGAGUAGCAACGUGUGUAAAAUUGUGUUGAUCUUCUUGACGUGUCUGUUCUAUACUUAACAUUACAAAAUAUUGGACGAGUACAAAAGUGAUAAAUAAGCACUAUGAUCGAGAAUGGUGACUACGUCAUGCAGUACGGUGAAGAUAGCUAUAUGGAGCAAGAGGAGGAAUGGGAACGCGAGGGCUUGUUAGAUCCUGCGUGGGAGAAGCAACAAAAAAAAACUUUCACAGCUUGGUGCAAUAGCCAUUUACGUAAAGCUGGUACAUCUAUUGAAAACAUUGAAGAAGAUUUCCGAAAUGGUCUCAAAUUAAUGCUAUUGCUUGAGGUUAUCUCCGGUGAAACAUUGCCAAAACCCGAUCGUGGUAAAAUGCGGUUCCACAAAAUUGCCAACGUCAAUAAAGCAUUGGAUUUCAUUGCAUCAAAAGGAGUUAAGUUAGUGUCCAUAGGAGCAGAGGAGAUCGUUGAUGGCAAUCUCAAAAUGACACUUGGUAUGAUUUGGACCAUUAUACUUCGUUUCGCUAUCCAAGACAUCUCAGUGGAAGAAAUGACUGCUAAAGAAGGACUCUUGCUUUGGUGUCAACGCAAAACCGCUCCGUAUAAAAAUGUGAAUGUUCAAAACUUCCACUUAAGCUUCAAGGAUGGCCUUGCCUUUUGUGCUCUGAUUCACCGUCACAGACCAGACUUAAUUGACUAUUCCAAGUUGUCUAAAGACAAUCCGCUUGAGAAUCUCAAUACGGCUUUCGAUGUCGCAGAAAAAUACCUCGAUAUUCCACGUAUGUUGGAUCCAGACGAUUUGAUCAAUACUCCGAAACCAGACGAGCGAGCAAUCAUGACGUAUGUUUCAUGUUAUUAUCAUGCUUUUCAAGGAGCUCAACAGGCGGAAACUGCUGCAAAUCGAAUAUGCAAGGUUCUUAAGGUUAACCAAGAAAAUGAAAGGCUUAUGGAAGAGUAUGAAAGACUGGCGAGUGAUCUGCUGGAAUGGAUUCAACGAACUAUGCCGUGGUUGAACUCUAGACAAUCGGAUAGUACUCUUGCGGGCGUUCAAAAAAAGUUGGAAGAAUAUAGAACCUACCGUCGAAAACAUAAGCCACCACGCGUUGAACAGAAAGCAAAAUUAGAAACCAAUUUCAAUACACUGCAGACGAAGUUACGACUUUCAAAUCGUCCUGCUUACAUGCCAACUGAAGGAAAAAUGGUAUCCGAUAUUACAAACUCAUGGAAAAGUUUGGAACAUGCAGAGAAAGCAUUUGAAGAAUGGCUUUUAGCCGAAACUAUGCGCUUAGAACGGUUGGAACAUUUGGCUCAAAAAUUUAAGCACAAAGCAGAUACACAUGAGGAAUGGACAAAAGGUAAAGAAGAAAUGUUACAAUCGCAAGAUUACCGAGAUUCCAAAUUGUAUGAACUCAAGGCACUUAAAAAGAAACAUGAGGCUUUCGAGUCUGACUUGGCUGCGCACCAAGAUCGUGUUGAACAGAUUGCUGCCAUUGCUCAGGAAUUGAACUUACUGGAAUAUCAUGAUUGUGUAUCAGUGAACGCACGUUGUCAGCGUAUCUGUGACCAAUGGGAUCGACUGGGAGCGCUUACGCAGCACCGCCGUCAAGGUUUGGAUGAAGCAGAACGAAUCCUGGAAAAGAUAGAUUUAUUGCAUUUGGAGUUUGCUAAGCGUGCUGCUCCAUUCAAUAAUUGGUUGGAUGGAGCCCGCGAAGAUCUCGUCGAUAUGUUUAUCGUGCACACUAUGGAAGAAAUUCAGGGACUUAUUCAAGCUCAUGAACAGUUUAAAGCUACGCUGAACGAAGCAGAUAAAGAAUUGAAUAUGAUUGUUGGGUUGGUGCGUGAUGCAGAAACUGUUGUUAAGCAAGAACAGGUUCCCGGUGGAUUAGUAAACCCUUACACCACUCUAACGGCUGAUACCAUAAGCAGAAAGUGGUCGGAAGUACGUGCACUAGUACCACAACGGGAUCAGACUUUAACUAACGAGCUACGCAAGCAACAAAACAACGAAAUGCUACGCAGACAGUUUGCCGAAAAAUCGAAUUCUGUUGGACCCUGGAUUGAACGGCAAAUGGAUGCAGUUUCUGCAAUUGGUAUGGGCAUGUCUGGCUCACUGGAAGAACAACUUCAUCGUUUGAAAGAAUACGAACAAGCGGUGUAUGCAUACAAGCCAAACAUCGAAGAGUUAGAGAAAAUUCAUCAAGCAGUACAGGAAUCAAUGAUCUUUGAGAAUCGUUACACACACUAUACAAUGGAAACACUACGUGUUGGUUGGGAACAGCUUUUGACGUCAAUAAACAGAAAUAUCAAUGAGGUAGAAAACCAGAUCCUUACCCGGGAUUCCAAGGGUAUCACACAGGAGCAACUGACAGAGUUCCGUUUAAGUUUUAAUCAUUUCGACAAAAAUCGUACAGGUCGUUUGGCGCCAGAAGAAUACAAAUCGUGUCUGGUUUCUCUUGGAUAUUCAAUCGGGAAAGAUAAACAGGGUGAUAUGGACUUCCAACGAAUUUUAGCUAUAGUAGACCCAAACAACUCUGGAUACGUUCAAUUUGAUGCGUUCCUUGAUUUUAUGACGAGAGAGAGCACCGAUACUGAUACUGCCGAACAAGUAAUUGAUUCCUUCAGAAUUUUAGCAUCUGAUAAGCCAUAUAUUUUACCCGAUGAAUUACGACGUGAACUGCCUCCAGAUCAAGCAGAGUAUUGUAUACAAAGGAUGCCACCGUACAAAGGGUCUAAUUCUAUUCCUGGAGCACUUGAUUACAUGUCAUUUAGUACUGCCUUAUAUGGAGAAAGUGACUUAUAAAGAGACAUUGGACUAGUUUUGUGCGUUGAGUCAAGUCUAAUAAACUUAUACUCAAAUCAAGUCAAGUGUCAUAAGCCAUUUAUUGUGUCGAACCUAACGUGAAGUACAGUUUUUAUGAUGUCCUGAUAAAUAGUUAGGUAUGAGCUAAAUCAUUAUUAACAACAAUCAUCAAAAGUGUUCAGGAAUUUUAUGUCAAAUAUUAGAUAAAUCACUAAACUAACAUGUAACACGUGGAAUCAGAUUAAUCAAAUAAAAAUUGCCAGUUCGCUACAUA